AAUACAGACAUUUCUCCACGGUUCAGUGGGGUUUGCCCAGCCUGCCUCCGGAUCGACUCCCUCACGGCGCCGCGUUCCCCUUGUGUUGACGACGCCCAACGGGGCUUUGCGUCGUGCGCAAGCAUCCUUCCGGUUAACGUCGGCUCGGACGCUUGCUCCGUCAUAACACCGAACGCUCGCGGAGAGAUGCUCGGGACGGCUCGAGGCCGAUAGCAGGCACACGUCCUUCCGUCCGUGCGGGAGAAAUGCCGUGCACUUGCGGGAGCUGGCGCCGGUGGAUUCGGCCCCUUGUUGUGGUCUUGUACGUGAUGCUUCUGGCCGUGGCCUUGCCGCUGUGCGUGUGGGAGCUGCAGAAAGCGGAGGUGGGAACACACACUAAGGCGUGGUUCAUUGCGGGUGUGUUUGUAUUUAUGACGAUUCCUGUCUCUCUGUGGGGCAUCCUACAGCAUCUGGUGCACUACACACAACCUGAACUACAGAAACCAAUUAUCAGAAUACUGUGGAUGGUUCCAAUAUACAGCUUAGACAGUUGGAUUGCGCUGAAGUAUCCCAGUAUAGCCAUCUAUGUGGACACAUGCCGCGAGUGUUAUGAGGCGUAUGUAAUCUAUAACUUCCUGAUGUUCCUGCUGAACUUCCUGGAGACGCAGUACCCCAGCCUUCCGCUUAUUCUAGAGGUGCAGGAACAGCGCUCACUACUGCCCCCUUUCUGCUGUUGCCCGCCAUGGCCCAUGGGAGAGGUUCUUCUGUACAGAUGUAAACUAGGAGUUCUGCAGUACACUGCCAUCAGGCCUGUUACUACAGUCAUAGCACUGGUGUGCCAGCUGUGUGGCAUCUACGACGAGGGAAACUUCAGCUUCAGAAAUGCCUGGACUUAUCUCGUUAUUGUCAACAACGCCUCACAGCUGUUUGCCAUGUACUGCCUGCUUCUGUUCUACCGUACCCUGAAAGAAGAGCUGAGCCCACUAAAGCCGGUUGGCAAAUUCUUCUGCGUUAAAAUGGUGGUGUUUGCCUCAUUUUGGCAGGCUGUGUUCAUCGCCUUUCUUGUGAAGGUUGGCGUCAUAUCUGAUAAGCACACAUGGGAAUGGGAAAGCGUGGAGGCCGUAGCUACAGGAUUGCAGGACUUUGUCAUCUGCAUUGAGAUGUUCCUUGCAGCAAUUGCACAUCACUACAGCUUCACAUAUCGUCCAUAUGUACGUGAGGAUGAGGAAGGUUCCUGCUUCGACUCCUUCCUCGCUAUGCUGGACGUCUCUGAUAUACGAGCUGACAUUUCAGAGCAAGUCCGGAACGUGGGCCGUACAGUGCUUGGUCGUCCCCGUAAGCUGUUCUUCGGCUCUGAAGCGGACAUUGUGCAGGGCGAACACACUGGCCUUCUCUCAGGUUCAUCUCAUGAGCGGCUGGGGGUUGACCCCCUUUCUGUGCCUGCCUCCCCAAAAGGACAGUACCAGGGGCUGGGCCAAACAGACACACCUCGCUCCCGCUCCGCCCCUGCAGGCUUUAACUCCUCCUCCUGGAAGAAUGACUGCUGCGCAGUGCCAGCACCGACCAAUCAGAGCCCAGGAGUGAAGUCAUAAGGUAACAGGUCAUGCAAUUAACAGUCACUGAUUGUGUUUGCAAAUUGGAGACACACAUUAAACUCAGUUUUAUGAUGAGGAGAUGAAUGUUCUUGUGAAUGUCAAAUAAAACAUCUUGAAUGUACUUUUUUUUUUAAAUGUUGAUUUUAAAAUGUUAAUAGAACUGGUUUGUAAGUGUAUUGGCUGUAGUACAGAUUCAGUAUUAUGUAAUACUGUUUGCUUUGUGAAAGUUGAUGUUGAACUUACAAUGACUGUGUUAUACUGACAUGACAAUUACAGUUUGUAUGUAUGGGUAAAGCACUGAUAAAACAUUUCUUAUGAUAUUUCAACAUUAUGAUGUGAGUGGAAGAAUUUUUCCCUGUAUCACUGGUGUCCUAAACCACUUUGGAGUUGUAAUUUCAACUUAAAGCAUAAUAUGUUAUCUUUAUCCCCAGAUAUUUAUUACAUAAUUGAAUGUAUUGUUUUGUUAAUUUUAUUAAUUUAUUAAUAAAUAUAAGGGACUUGCAUAACCAUAUGAACUGAACCAGAGUGAAUUCCAAUUAAAAACAUAUGACUUUA